GCCGUCAUCGUGCAAACAUAACCUUUAAAAGCUUCAGUCCGGUAAUUACGUAUUUUGAUAUAUUUGUAUUAAUUAAUUGUUUAUAGUUUUUUUUUUGAAAAUAUUGUGAAUAAAUUAGUUAGGAUUUCAGUUAAAUAGUGAAAAUGGAUCGCAAAAGUAUUGGAGGUUUAAUUGGUAAAAGUUUUAAUUCGCCAAGGAAACGAGUGCCAAUGGUACAAUCUUUAAAAAGGAAUAGUUCAACUUUGAGUGUAUCAGGACGUUCAAAUCAAUCGACACAAAUUAUUUGUCGAACGGCUGGUCAUAUAGUGGAAAAUUUUGGAUCAUCUUUGCCGGUUUUGGUGACUGAGGCAUUGACAUUUGUUGAUCGAAAUGCCGCUGUCAGUGUUGGAAUUUCAGUUGACGGAUGGGUUUGGCUUGUUUGUGGACGACGUUUACUUGUAUGGCAAUGUAAAACAACAAUUCACGAUGUCAAACAAAGGCGAACAUUCAAAAGUCAAUGUCGCGAACUUCUUUUGCCACAAAGUGAUCUUGCUCACAAAGCAGAAUGUAUUGCAGUUUGGCUACCACAAGGACAUCAGGUUCCGAGUUGUAUGGCAGUUUCUCCAGAAGGAGUUGUCAGAUUUUGGACAAGUGUAUCUCACGAGGGUUCCUCAGUGGAAACAAGUGCUGAACUUGCUGGUCAAGAAGUCGAUUGUUUGACACAUGUUCCAGGUCAUGGCUGUAUUCUUGCAACGACAACUUGCACUGUUGCUCUUCUUCAGCCACAAUUUGUUAAUGGAAAAAAUACAAUUUCAUGUCGAGUUCUACGUACAAGUCAAGGAUGGCUUGGUGGAAUUGGCCGAAGAAUGUCAUCACUUAUUUUCGGAGCAAUUCCACAAUCUCCAGUUACAGAAACGAAAUUAGUCAAGGUUGUUUGCACAAAUUUUACUGACAAAGGUUCGAGGGUUUUAAUCCUCGCCGGCACUUCUUUACAGUAUUGGUCCUUUCCACAAGGUGAACAAGAAAAAAUGGAAUUUGAGGAGGAUGUUGGUCAAAUUGUAUCACAAGCAUUUCAACGAAGAAUUUGGGAAUCAAGUGCUUGCAGUCCUCAGAAUAUGGAUACGUGGCUAAUUGAUAUGCAACCUUACGAAGAAGGAAUUGUUUUAUUUGUGGCUGCUCACAGUCCAGAAGUUUCUACAAAGGUUCAUUUUGCUAUCGGUUUUGUUCCUCUGAAUGGAACAACAUUGGGAAAUGCAUUCAAAUGGUUUAUGCCAGUGAAACUUGGUUAUUUUAUUUAUAACGAGAAUCCAGUUUGUUUGGAUAUUGUUUUGUCUUAUCGUUUCAUUCUCUCUGGAUGGGAGGCGAUAAUUUAUAAUGAGCACAAUGUUAUUAUAAUAAACACACUCGUUGAACAUGAACAGGAUAAAGUAGAUAUCGUGAGAGGUGGUGAAGAUAGCAUUCUCGGUGGUGCUUUAUGUUCGGGAACUCCCGUUUUGUUCACUAGAAAUCUUGGACUUGUUUCAAUUAUACCAAAUGAUUUUACAACUCAGGAUUUCAAUGCAAGUUAUUCGGAUGUUAGUGCAAGUGUUGAUUACAGUUGUAACGCAAGUAUGGCUGGUGAAAAUUUUUAUACGAUAACAAGGAAUGAGGAAUUACAAGAAAUGUUUUGUAGAUCAGAUCCUUGUGCACAAUUACGAGCUGCAUUUCUUCUUCGCUUACGUCAAAACAAGGCACAAUGCGAGGAAAUUCUUUCUCAACUAUUUCCAUUACAAGAAGAACCAGUUAUGGAUAUUGAUGCGAAUCUUGAUACUCUUAUUUUAAAAGUGGCAAAGGAUUUAAUUGACGAUUAUCCUGCAAAUGAUCCUCGAUGGACCAAUCAUCGUGAUUUAUCAAUGACGUUAAAUUCCGUUACAUCAAUGCACAUACCUCAUCAAUUGGAAGCGAAACAAAAAGCUUUAGAUCUAUUUAUAACAUUUUUAAAAGAAUACGGAUUAUGGGAUAGAUUCUGCGCUGUUUCAUAUAGAGGAAUAAUUAUGUCGACAUCAUUCGUUUUAGCUGAGUACGCUGAGAAAAUUGUCGCAUCUCUAUCAAUUUAUAAUAUUCAACAGAAAUUCGCAGACAUUGUCGAUGCAAUAAUAGAAAAAACUUUAAAGCCAGAAGCAUACGUUUCGGAUGAACUUAGCUCGCAUGAUAUUUUCUAUCGAGAAGUGAGCACUGUUCAUAGAUUUUUGCCAAAUUUGGUAGAAAGUGCAGUUGAAGUGACACAAUCAGAAAGGCCAACACUUCAAAUUGCUCAGUAUAUAAUGCACAUUAAUUCCAUUCUUUUGAGUAUAUUGCACGAAGUUGUAAAAUAUAGACAGUACAAUGCAGAGAGAUUUGCACCUUCACGAUGUUCAAGUGGAAUUGCCGAAUAUCUUCCAUGGACGGCUGCUACAGGAAAACACAGUUUAAAAACUUGUCUCAACACAAUGCAAUCAUUAACACUAAAACACGGUGUUGUUGGAACCAAUGAUUCAUCAUUAAGAAAUGUAUUAUAUGAACAACUAGUCAGCCUCAUUGAUUUAAUACUCGAUGGACGAAAAUGUCAUUUAGAGAGUAUUCGUGGAACUGAGAAAUUUGAAAUUUUACUUAAACAAUACGAGACAGAGCGAACCAAUUUAAUUCAACCGCUUGUUAAAGAAGAACAAUAUGAAAAUGCGGCGAUGCUUGCUGAAAAAUAUUACGAUUUUGCAGCUUUGGUUCAAAUUUGCGAACUAACGAAUAAUAAAACUCGUUUAGAUAAUUAUAUGGAGAGAUUUGCUUCACAUGAUUUUGUGGGAUUCCUCUUCUCUUGGUAUGUAAAAGACGGACGACAAGGUCAAUUAAUUGAACGAUGUAGACGAGGUGGGGCUCCUGAAUUAACAGAAAGAUUAUCUGAACAUCCCUCAAUAUCUUGGGUGCAAACAGCAUUAACUGACGAAUUACGUCUUGCUGCAAAUACACUUCAUUCAUUAGCCACUCAAGAAAAUGAACUUGUUACCAGGAAAAAAACGAUGUUAUCGCUUUCAAAACUUGCUUUAUUGGCAUCUAAUGAACCUGAGAAUGAAAUAAAGGAUUGUACCAAUAGAAUAAAUAGAGAACUCUCUCUAAUUGCUCAUCAGGAAGAUUUACCUGCUGAGGUGCUUGCUACCUAUGGAUACGAUAUUGAUAAACUUCGAGUACUCACGCCAACUGAGCUUAUUAUUUUAUAUACUUGUGAGGAAAAUGAUGGCUCUAAUGAGUAUGAUUUCAAGAAGGCACUAGAUUUGUUAGAUUUUGUCGAGCAGGAAGAAGAGAAAGCAUCAUUAAAAUUGAGAAUAUGGGCACGAGUUGCACGACGAGAUAAAUGGGAUAUUGUCACAAAAAAUCCAGAGCAACAAGUACAAGAGACAUUGUUCUUUAAAUUAAUGGAUCUCACUCAUUUUAUGGGUAAUAAAAUCGAAACUUUUCUUCCAUCGGUCGAUUUACUUCUUGCCGAACAAGAAUUAGGAGAUCUCGCAGCUUCCAGUAAUUUUCAAUAUCUCAUUAAGUUAGUUUAUGAAUACGCUUAUCAUAAUUAUUAAUUUUUAUUAAGACAAAUAUUGUAUAAUUCAAAGAUUUCAUAAUAAAUUUUCAUUUUUACAAAAAAAAAAAAAAUUCUUUAUCAAUGUAAUAUAUUGAAAGUAAUUACUGAUUUUACUAAAAGAUUUUUCUAAAUUAAAAAAUUUGUAUUUUUAAUUAAAAUAAAUAAAUAUAUUGUUUACUU